CCUUACGUAAGAUUGUGCGUGCGACCGUUGUGAGGUGGCUGUUGCCAGGGUCGAGGGAGAACAGAAGGAAAUCAGCAGAGUAUAUUCGGGAUCAUGGAGUUCUUCUUAAAGUUGAAUGGGGCCUGGAAUAUUUGUCAUCAGGUUGCUAGUUCAAAGCAGCUUUCUGUCUACUUGCUACCAUUUUAAGAGAGGUAAUGGACACCCUUCUUAUUCCUGAACCAAUAUUUCUGCAGUGAUUCUACUGAAAAGAUCUAGGGAGAUCCAGGUGAAAUUUGGAUUUAAAAAUCUUGCAUGCAAGUUGCUGUAAAUAUGGGCUGCUAAUGGCACAGUGAGGGAAAACAGGCAUCGAGGAUCUGAAUAACCAAGGAUAGCCCCAAUGCGAUUAUAUACGCUCUCAAAGAGACACUUUGUCUUGGUGUUUGUUGUGUUCUUCAUCUGUUUUGGGCUGAUAGUUUUUAUCGGAAUAGCUGGUCCAGAAAUUAUUACAUCCAGAGCAUUGCCACCAAUUUCACCCAAAGGCAAAGAUAGUCUGACUAGCCCUUUAAAGCUGCAAACACCUGGAUUGUCCACAUACAAUCAAGAGCUUUGGUUAAUGUGCCACUUUGAACUGAACAAAUCCACAGGUGUAGAAUUCACAAAAAAGAUCUCAAUGAUGGUUGCAAUAAGUGGAGUCAUGCAAGACACCAGCGUGCCAAACAUCAGAGUUGAUGCUCACAAUCACACCCGGUCACUUCACUGUACAAAUUGGCUCUGUGAUGAAAUAAUUGUGCUACACCUUGGUUAUCUGAACUACACAGAAUACAUGAUCACUGUCACCUUCUACAAUCUAGAAAACACUCAGUUUUCAAUAAGGAAUGUGACUUUCACUCUGAAGAUGUAUAAUGCCUCAUUUUCGCAAGUGGAAAUCUGGUUCCGGUUUAUCUUUGUUGUUUUCACCUUCAUGGUCACAUGCUUGUUUGCUCACUCUUUGAGGAAGUUUUCAAUGAAAGAUUGGGCGAUUGAGCAGAAAUGGAUGUCCAUUCUAUUGCCUUUGUUACUGCUUUAUAAUGAUCCAUUCUUCCCACUUUCAUUUCUUGUAAACAGCUGGUUUCCGGGAAUGCUUGACGACCUAUUCCAGGCGGUCUUUCUGUGCGCGUUAUUGCUGUUUUGGCUCUGUGUUUACCAUGGAUUUCGUGUGCAGGGAGAGAGGAAGUUUAUGAGUUUCUAUGUGCCCAAACUGUUUAUUGUCGGUCUCCUUUGGCUGGCAGCAGUGACACUAGGGAUUUGGCAGACAGUUAACGAAUUACGUGACCCAACAUAUCAAUACAGAGUGGACACAAGUAACUUCCAGGGAAUGAAGAUUUUCUUCCUGAUAGUGGGUUCCUUGUAUAUACUAUACCUUGUUUUCCUGAUUGUGAGGGCCUGCUCUGAACUGAAAAAUAUGCCAUACUUUGAUCUCCGACUGAAAUUUUUGACUGGGCUAACAUUUAUUGUGCUGGUAAUAAGCAUUGUAAUAUUAUACCUGAGGUUUGGAGCAAAAGUUCUGCAAGAUAACUUUGUAGCUGAGCUCUCAACUCAUUAUCAGAACUCAGCUGAAUUUUUAUCUUUCUAUGGCCUGCUGAACUACUACCUGUAUACAUUGGCAUACGUUUAUUCCCCUUCAAAGAAUGCCAUGUAUGAAUCCCAGCUAAAGGAUAACCCAGCCUUUUCCAUGUUAAAUGAUUCUGAUGAUGAUGUGAUUUAUGGGAGUGAUUAUGAAGAAAUGCCUCUACAAAAUGGCCGUGCCAUUAAAUCAAAGUAUAAAGAUGAAUCUGACAGUGACUGAAGUACAUCUUCAGAAGACUAAUCGUUACCAAGAGUAUAUACACUACACUGACUGCUGAAAAUGAAUGGAACUGAAUUUUCUUCGAAAUACCUUUCACACCACCAUCCUCUUAUCCAUCUCAAUUCCUGUAACUAAAGUCAUCUUCAUCAUGACUUCACAAGUAAAUAUUUAACGGUUUCAUUCUCCGAGCACCUCAUCUUGCUGUCCUACCCUCAUUCAAUAUCUUCUGAUUUGUGAGCAAAGGAGCAGCCAUAUGCAUGCUUGAAGAUGAGGUUUAUUUUUUCUUCCACGGGGAAAAAGGGAGUAUAGUUUUAUUUUUUGUCAGAAAUCAGCCCACUAAAUUUCUAAAACCAUUUGUACCUUGUGAACAAGCGUAGCGUCAUGAAUGUUUGUGUUGUGAACCUGUUUGUAGGCUAAGUACUAAUAAGCAAGAUGUUCAGAGCUUUGUGGCAGGGUUAAGGUGUAAUGCUUUUAAAGCAAAAAUUAGAAUGCUGCUUGUGAGCAAGUUUAUUUAUUGCAUUUUUAAAAUCAAAGAAAUCUUAAAAUAAAUUGAGCAGCAGACUCGGGGCUGAAAUUCUAGUUCCUAUCAAUAUUAGCAUAAAAAGCAGAUCCAAGUGUAAAACAUUCCACUUUACAAAGUGUGAUUUACUUUGUUAAAAAAAAUGAAACCUGGAAUUUCAGCCUCCAUUUUAGUUGAUGCUGCUUUUAAAAUGAGGCUGUACGUUGUUAAAUAAGAUUUAUACUGCCACAGUUUGGGAGCUGAUAUUUGCAAGGAAUCUGCAGAAGUUCAUUUGCUCUGAUCAUGUCAUUGCAGCAAGUUACUGUUCUUGAGGUUUGUUUUUCCACUACAUCAGUAAAAAUCAACCUCCACUGCUCCAUAACAGUAACAUUUUGACUAUUAACACUUCUUGGGAAAUUUCUGCAUCCCUGGGCUGGUUGACUUUUUUGUUUUGAUGUUGUACUUAAUAUUCAACUUUUGGAAGUAUUUUGCUGCAAUAUUAACUGUAAAUUACUAAUCUAAAUAUGGAAAAUUCAAAUUGCGAAUAUUUUAUUUCUCUUCUCCCUAUUUCUAUCUUCUUGCCCCAUUCUCUAUCUUAAUGUAAUUGUUAUUUUAUCCUAACUAAUUAAACUUAUUCUAUAUUUGCUAAA